AACGCGUAGCUCACAAGUCACUGUGGCUACAGCAGAAGAGGCGGCGGGCGUGAGAAGAGGGAAGCGCGGACUCGCUGCCAAAAGCGCAGUACUGUAACUACAGGAGAGCACUACGGACAGACUCUCGUCGCGAAGAGGCACACGAACGCUCAGCAAAAAACAAAACUUCUUCUUUUAACACUUCCGUGUUCAAAAUGGCUGACCCCGUGCAAGUGAGCAGCGACGGUGAAGGGGCCGAGAACACGAGAGGGUUUGCAAGGCAAGGUGCCCUGAGACAGAAGAAUGUACACGAAGUGAAGAACCACAAGUUUAUCGCCCGUUUCUUCAAGCAGCCGACCUUCUGCAGCCACUGCACGGACUUUAUCUGGGGAUUCGGAAAACAGGGAUUCCAGUGUCAAGUCUGCUGCUUUGUGGUGCACAAGCGCUGCCAUGAAUUCGUCACCUUCUCCUGUCCCGGCGCAGAUAAGGGCCCCGCAUCAGACGACCCACGGAGUAAACACAAGUUCAAGGUGCACACAUACUCCAGCCCGACCUUCUGUGACCACUGUGGCUCCCUGCUGUACGGCCUCAUCCACCAGGGGAUGAAAUGCGACCACUGCAUGAUGAACAUCCACAAGCGCUGCGUGGCCAACGUGCCCAGUCUCUGCGGGACUGACCACACGGAGCGGAGGGGCCGCAUCCAGAUCACCGCUGACAUCAAGAGCAACGUGCUAACCGUCUCGAUUAAAGAGGCUAAGAAUCUGGUGCCCAUGGACCCCAAUGGCCUGUCUGACCCGUACGUCAAGCUGAAACUCAUCCCCGACCCCAAAAGCGAGAGCAAACAGAAGACCAAGACCAUAAAGUGCUCCCUCAACCCCGUAUGGAACGAGACUUUUACAUUCAACCUGAAGGAGUCGGACAAGGACCGCAGGCUGUCUGUAGAGAUCUGGGACUGGGACCUGACCAGCCGGAAUGACUUCAUGGGAUCGCUGUCGUUCGGGAUCUCAGAGCUGCAGAAGAUGGGAGUGGAUGGAUGGUUCAAGCUACUCAGUCAGGAGGAGGGCGAGUACUUCAACGUCCCUGUGGCACCUGAGGGGGAUGACGGCAACGAAGAGCUGAGACAGAAGUUUGAGAGAGCCAGAACUGGUCCUGGCACAAAGAACACAGACAGCUCCUCCUCCAAUGCCAUCUCCAAAUUUGACAACAAUGGCAACCAGGACCGCAUGAAGCUGUCUGACUUCAACUUCCUUAUGGUACUGGGCAAGGGCAGUUUUGGAAAGGUGAUGCUGGCAGAGAGAAAGGGUACUGAGGAACUCUAUGCUAUUAAGAUCCUGAAGAAGGACGUGGUGAUCCAGGACGAUGAUGUGGAGUGCACCAUGGUGGAGAAGAGAGUCCUGGCGCUGUCGGGAAAGCCUCCCUUCCUCACUCAGCUGCACUCCUGCUUUCAGACCAUGGACCGCCUCUACUUUGUCAUGGAGUACAUCAAUGGAGGAGACCUAAUGUACCAGAUCCAGCAGGUUGGCAAGUUCAAGGAGCCCCACGCUGUGUUCUACGCCGCAGAGAUCGCCAUCGGCCUGUUCUUCCUGCACUCGAAGGGCAUCGUGUACCGGGAUCUCAAGCUGGAUAAUGUGAUGCUGGACUCCGAGGGCCACAUCAAAAUCGCUGACUUUGGCAUGUGCAAGGAGAACAUGUUGGACGGGGUGACCACGAAGACCUUCUGCGGCACCCCUGAUUACAUCGCUCCCGAGAUCAUUGCUUACCAGCCAUAUGGCAAGUCUGUGGACUGGUGGGCUUUCGGGGUCCUGUUGUAUGAGAUGCUGGCAGGACAGCCCCCGUUCGAUGGAGAAGACGAGGACGAGCUGUUCCAGUCCAUCAUGGAGCACCACGUAUCCUACCCCAAAGCCAUGUCCAAGGAGGCGGUGGCCAUCUGCAAAGGGUUAAUGACCAAGCACCCCGGCAAGCGUCUCGGCUGUGGGCCAGAGGGAGAACGUGAUAUCAAGGAGCAUGCCUUCUUCCGCUACAUGGACUGGGAGAAGCUGGAGAACAAGGAAGUCCAGCCACCUUUCAAACCAAAAUCAUGUGGCCGGGAUGCUGAGAACUUUGACCGCUUUUUCACCCGCCAUCCUCCCGUGUUAACUCCACCCGACCAGGAGGUCAUCAUGAACCUCGACCAGGCCGAGUUUGAGGGCUUUUCCUACAUUAACCCUCAUUACACUCAUACGGAAAACAAGAGUUAAGGACAAUAAAAGAAAGCUUAUUGCUUGAGCUUCUAGAUUCUAGAUAUAAUACCUGUAUCCACUUGUAACCGUUUAUGUACAUGUACUGUCUCCAACUGUACGUGCAUAUAAACAAAACACCCCUUAUGAACCUGUGGGGUUGAAUAAGUUAAUGCAACUCCCCUCCAGUGAUUUCCCCAAGCUUGGGACCAAUAUCAUUCCUCUUAUCAACAUUCCGUUGCCUAUUGAAUGUUCUAAUCAGAAAUCAGCUAGAAAGAUGUUCAUAGUGAUAGCUGAAUGUUCUAAAAUGACCUUGAAAUUUUUUGUUACCUUUCAUGACCUUUUCAUCACAGCCACCUAAUAGUCCUCACCCUGCCAACUUGUCAUUCCAGCCUAUGCAAUAUAUAUUGCAUAGAUAUUUUGUUCCUCCAGAUUCUCAUCUCAGCAAAUCCUGCCUUCUGAUACUGCAAUUAUUAGAUAAAGUCAUGUGAUACUAUCAUCGAUUUCUGGCAGAAUGAAUGAACCUUUGUCUAUAGCUACUCCAACCUUGAUCUGCAUCUGAGAUUACGUCCCUUUUUGUUUGUUUCCUUUUGUAUUUUUUCUACUAACUGAAGAUUGUUCCAGACCCACACCAAAUCUGGA